AUGAGCCACCACUACCAACAAGUAGCGGUACCUUUGGCCCACACAGAGAGCAGUGACACCACUUUGAAAGCCGUCAAUGGCAAACUGUUGAUCGACUUUGACGUUGACGUCCAAAGUCGCACGGACUGCACGAACGUCCGCGUCAAAGGCGACGACGCGAUCUACAGCGUCAACGGUAGUGCGUGUGGCGGUCGUGGGCAACAGCCGACGGGAUCGCGUUGUCCCUUGAAAAACGACGUCGCUGUUGCCAAUUGUUUCGACACGGCAAAGAGCUUUCGGAACGGCGAGUGCGUCGCCCCAACCGACAGCGUCUGUGCUCAAGCGGCUGACGCGAGUUGGGGCUGUGUGUGGAAAGCCGACGAUGCCGACGACGACAGCGAUUUCGUGGAAAGCGCUGGUGGAGUCACUGACCCAAGUGGCUCAACUUUCCGGACAGAGUCUCCGACUACGACGGGCGAUCGUAGAGGAGCGAGUAGUAAGGGGUACCGUAGCGCGGGGCUCAGUCUGGAGAAGAGCGAGAGCAACUGCACACCGAUUAGCGUCGCAGGGGACGCGACGUUCUGCGUUGCAGGUCCCAUUUGUAGUGGAGACGGCGGCCAACCCACAGGCAGUCGAUGCCCCGUGCAAGGCGACAGUGCAAUUAGUGACUGCCUCGCGACCGUUUCUAGCUACCGGAAGGGCGCGUGUGUCGCUCGGAUGGACAGCGUGUGCCAGCGAGUGGACUCGGGCGCCUGGGGCUGCGUCUGGAACACUCGUGACGACGUUCGGCCAACGGCUAUCGAUACGAACGAAGGCACGACAACGGCCUCUGCCAGCGAAGGCACUGCUAUUGUAGUGGUUGUAGUGGCUGCGAUGGUACUGACAGGUGUGAUCGCUGGCGUCGCCUUUGCGUGGUUCCGUCACAAACGGUCGAGCUGGCGCGAAGACGCGGACAUUGUCAUAGACGGCAUUGUCACGCCGUCGAAAUCGGUUCACAAUGAAGUCUUUCGACGCGUGUAG